UCCCCUUCCUGCCAGGACGAGCGAACCUCGCAAGAGUCAACCCGUGCUCCAGUCGUUAGUCUCUGCUAGACCGUCAAAAGGGGAGGAGCUGUUCGUUAGAAGCAGCAGCCGCUCGCCGGAAAUUUCUAAGCCUGUCAUGAGGUGUGAUUUUCACUUCUGAGUUAAAUCGGCUCGAACAUGACAAGCAAGUGCGACCUCGAACGAGCCGCGAUGUAAACGUGCCUCUACAAUGGCCUUCUUAAUUGAAAGCAAAAUUUUUGUGGUCGUGAUAAUUCUGUUUGAUUUCUCAAUAACAAGCUUUGGAAGAACUACGGAAGAUUCUCCUAAAACAGAUAACCAGAAUGCGGCCAGUCUCAAUAUUUUAUCAACAGGUUUGGGAGAAAAAGGGAAAAAGUAUUCAUGGUACAAGGUCGGCCAAUUAGCACCUGCGCCUAAAGUUCUCAUGGAAAAGGCCCUGAGUGAUAAUACUUUGGAUUACGAUGAAGAUGAACCCGAUUAUGAAAUUGAUGAGGGAGUCUUUACAUCCAUUGGCGACAUGGGUAAAGCUUUACGUCAAGUCUGGGAUUCUUUCAGCAAAAGGAUGGACGGAAUCGAGCGUAAAGUUCAACGUGUGGAGCAGCAAACGCUUGCCAUUUUGAACCGAAUGGCAAUCGUUGAUUGUUCAGCUCUUCCCGACGGUACGCCAACAGGCAUUUAUACGCUUUACUUAGACAAUCAAGGCACUCACUCGGUGCGAGCGCUGUGCGAAAUGGAGGCCGAAGGCGGAGGCUGGACCGUCAUCCUACAACGCGUUCCUCACGAGGUUGUGGAGCGAGCCACUAACUUCAGCCGAGGUCUCCGAGACUAUAAAGUAGGAUUUGGAGAACCGGACGGCGAUUACUGGAUCGGACUAGAAAACAUACGUAAAUGGACGAGCUCCAGAGAUUAUCAGUUGCGGAUUCAGCUCGAAGAUUUCAAUGGAGACACGGCGUUUGCACAUUACGAUCGCUUCUACUUGGAAGACGAGAGUAACGGCUAUCGACUGCACGUGUCGGGAUACCGAGGAAACGCGGGAGACUCCUUAUCUAACUUGAACAACUUGGACAACUACACGGCCGAGGGAAUGAUGUUCAGCACCCACGACGACGACCGGGAUACUUCUCAUGAAAUCAACUGCGCACAUUACUGGAACAUCGGCGGCUGGUGGUUCAACAGAUGCUCGUGGGCAAACCUGAUGGGUCCGUACAAACUGCCGGGGCAGGGCGACGGUAUAGGCAUCAACUGGCACAAGUGGCGCAACAAGCAGUACCUCAAGUCUGUCCUAAUGAUGAUCCGGCCACCUACCACCUGAGACAAAACCUCAAUUGUACAGUUUCCAAUAAACAAUUCCUUCUCGGU